GUUCUUCACUCAUAAUUGAAUUUAUUUAUUUAUCAGUUUUUUAUAUUCUCUAUUGUUUCAUUUUUCUCUCUUCAUGGAUUCUCAAACUAAUGAAAGCCUUGGGUCAAAUUCUGGUCAAGAGAAUGGGAAAAAACCGGUUCAUCAACAUUCGUUUGAACAAGUAGCCGAGAAACUAGAAGAGGUGUUUAAUCAGAUGCAAAACCCAGAAAGUCAUGUGAUAGAACAAUUGAGUGAGGAUUUAGGGCUUGAUACAACACAAGUCAAAAUGUGGUUUGAUAACAAACGAUGCCACAUACAGGCCCAAAGGGAUAUGGAAGAAAGUGAGAUUAUUCGUUUGGAAAACAGAAGAUUGUGUUCAGAGAACUUGCAAAUGUGUUUUGAGUUGAAGAAACGAUUUUGUGCUACUUGCAAUAAUCCUGAGCAACAAGGAGCAAUCUUACAAUAUUUGCAAAAUGAAAAUACUAAAUUAAGAGAAGAUAUUACGAUGAUAUCCAAUGUGAUUGAUCGUUUUCAAGAAGACCCUGAAGGGUACUUGAUCUUACUCCAACAGGAUUAUCUGCAUAACCACAAUGAUCCAAAUGGCCUAGAUUUGGAGCUUCGAUUGGAAUGUUACAAUGAUCCAAAUGGCCCAGAUUUGGAGCUCAGAUUGGGAUGACGUCAUCGCAAUUUUUCAAGAUUGAAUUGGAACUAACUGAUGGCUAUUUGAUCAUUGAAAAGUGAAUGAUGAAAGGGCUAAGUGGUAUUCAACUAGUUUUAUUAGUAUUCUCUCAAGUAUAAUCAAGCAAUUGUUGUAGAACUUGGGUUUCAAUUAUCAUUUUCUUCAUGUAUUUAUUUUAUGUUAUUUUGGA